UAAAAUUGUGCGGUUCUUUUUUUUGUUUUAUUUACUUUUAUGGUGAACUUUGAUUGCGCUAGCUUACUUUGAUCAAAGUACUUUGAUCGUGUCAAACCGCCUUGAAACAACACCAAAUACUUUGGCGAGUAAGUUUGGCACAAUCAAUGUAGGGUUAUAAGAAGAUUGUCAUUUGGAAUCGUGUCAACGGAACCGAUUAAACUUUUUUAUGACAUUACGAACUAUGAAUUUGGCAACGGAUUUAAGAUCUCAGGAAUACCGGGAAUACAAACAGUCUAAUUUUGUGUUUGGUUUAAUUUUUGAAUAUUUACACGUGAAUUAUUAACGCGAUAUGGCUUUAAAUGCCGAAGCAAUUAAGAAAAAUUCAAGUCAGACAUGUCCUCCAGCAAUUUACGAUCCAGAAAAAGAAAAAAUCCUUUUAAAUCUAUUAAGCUGGGAGGCAGAAUUAAAAGAAUCACUAAUUUUAGGGAGAAAAGCGGCCCCUUCAGAGCAGAUAAACAAAAAAAUGGCUAAAGCUGAAAAAUCUUUUGGGAAGAAUGAUUUCUUGAAAAAAGAACCUAAAACUCUUAAUUGCCAUUAUGAUUACACACCACUGGGAGAAUUACAUGAGACUCAAGAGAAAUCAAACAAUUUUAAUGUUUAUGGCAUCGUUGAAAAAUGUGAUUUUAAAAUUUACAAAGUUGGCAAUAAUCUAAGGCAAAUACUAACAGUAUCGCUUACUGAUAAGACAGGAACAGAUUUUAUGUGCUCCAUAUAUUCGCUAAAAGAUGAAAUGUGUCCUGAUAUUCAUAUAGGGGAUAUUAUACGAAUACACCACAUGCAAGUUUCUAAAGAUCGAUCAAAGCUGAAAGGAAAAUGUCCAUCUUUCAAGUUCAUUUUAGUCUUCAGUAAACAAAAUGAGGGCCAAAAGCCACGAACAGUUGCAAAACCGUUAACUUUUACAGAUGAAGAUGCAGCACGGGUGAAAAAUUUAUUUGAAUGGUAUGAUAAGAAAAAUCCACCAAAAUUAAUUAGUGAAGUAAAAGGGGGUGACUUUGUAAAUAUUAUUUGUCAAGUGAUAGGUGUUUAUAAAGCAAAAUAUUCAGACACUGUUAUUUUGAAAAUCUGGGAUGGAACUAAGUCUAAUGAGAUUGAAAGUUCACAUUGUGGUUUGAGAGACGAAAAACUAGAUGAGAAACUUUUUCUGAUUGCUAAGAGUUAUUGUGCUGUUUUCCACGUUUUUGGUCAUCGUCAUUGUACAAUGGCUGCGGAGUUAAAGGUUUGUUUCAAUUUUCACUCAAAAUAUUUUAAGGUAAUGAAUUAAUUUUAUAAUAGAAAUUUAAAAACUUUU